AUGAAAUUUCCUAUUAUGGACGUUAUAUUCCAUGAAAAGCAAGAAGGCUCUCUUUGUGCUCAACAUUGCCUGAACUCCCUCUUACAAGGACCUUACUUUACAGCUGUUGAGUUAAGCACUUUGGCUCAAAAGUUGGAUGAAGAGGAAAGAAAGAGGAUGGCAGAAUCUGGCGAAGAAAGUGAAGAGUAUCACAAAUUUCUCCAACAGCCUUCAGGGAAUAUGGAUGAUAGUGGCUACUUUUCUGUACAAGUUAUAAGUAGUGCUUUACAAGUUUGGGGUUUAGAAUUAGUGCCUUACUCUAGUACUGACAAAAGACUUCUUAGCGAUCCUAGUGAUAUGACUGCAUUUAUUUGCAAUUUCCGAGAUCACUGGUUUACUAUACGAAAAAUAGGAAAACAGUGGUUCAACCUGAAUUCUCUUUUAACUAGGCCAGAGCUUAUAUCAGAUACGUACUUAGUUUUGUUCUUGGCACAAUUGAAAAAUGAUGGUUAUUCAAUAUUUGCCAUAUUCGGAGACCUACCAGAAUGUACUGCUGAUGAAAUUUUGAGAAAUAACCCUGUUUGCGCUGUACCUAGGCCAGUUUUGACUAAUACUGUUUCUAAUGUUAGUGAUGACGCAGAUCUACAGGCUGCUUUGCAAUUAAGUCUUGCAGACGAGGGUGAUUUUGCACCUCAAGAGAAUGAGGAUCGAGAUCUACAGGAAGCUUUGAGGUUAAGUAUGCAACAAGGUUUUAACAGUAGUCCUGAGGAUGAUGAUGAAGAAAGUUUACUCCAAAAAGCCAUUAAUAUGAGUUUACAGUGUUAA